GUACUGCUGGUUGUUCGGGGACAAGAUUCUACCGCUGAUAACGUUUGCCUAUACCACUUCAUUUGUAAUUUAUAUUUAUCUUUCACUUUAAACAAUAACUGGAGUGUCGGUAGGAUGUACUGAUUUGUCGUCUGUACGCGCUCGGCACGGUACUGGAUAUUUACCUGUCGUAACGAUUGGGUAGUGUGACAAUUGGACAGGGUCUAAAAUAGAAAGAAAUAAAAAAAUAAUAAUUAGAGACAGCAUAGAAUAAUAUAUACCAACAAAAUAAAUAUUAUUCUUUUUUAAUUUUUGCUGAAGCUGUAAGAUCAAUAAUUUUCUGUGGGUUUAAUGAUCCGUUCGUUAUAAAGCUAUUUAUAUCUGGAGACUUGAAUAAGAAUUAUUGACGUCUGCAAGCACGGAAAGCAGUUCAGAGAAAUUGACAGAAUUCUGAUCUGAAAAAAAAAAACGGAGAAGAAAUGGAACGCUUGAUUGCUGUCGUCUGCGUUUUGUUAGCUGCGUUUGUUUCAGAAGUAUUCUCAAGUGCAGGAAAUGUCUGGACGUAUAGAGGAUCUCUCGGUCCGGAUCACUGGCAUUUAGACUAUCCACAUUGCGGAGGAGUGAAACAGUCUCCAAUCAGUGUCGUUACAAAUGACGUCAUCAUCGAUAUGGAAAGGCUAACCCCCAUUGUGUUCCGUGGCUAUGAUGUGGUAUCGAAUAUAAAUUAUACCGUGGAAAAUAACGGUCAUACAGUUCAAGUGGAUCUGAAUGAAAAGAACUCUGAGAUUAGUGGUGGCGGUCUACCAGGAACCUUUGUGGCGGAACAGUUCCACUUUCACUGGGGUGCUACAGACGAAAGAGGUUCUGAACAUGAUGUUAAUGGGGUCCACUUUCCGAUGGAGAUGCACCUUGUUCACUUCAACAAGAAGUACGGCAACAUGUCUAACGCUAUGGACAAGGAUGAUGGUCUAGCGGUACUGGGCUUCUUCUUCAAGAUUGGACGACAUAACCGACACUUUGAGGAGAUUAUAGACCAUUUUAAUCAAAUCAAGUACAAAAACAGUGAGGUGGAGAUUCAGUCAAUACCACUGGUUCAGUUGAUGCCGGCUCAAUUGUCAAGGUUCUACAGAUACGAAGGCAGUCUGACCACGCCCCCAUGUUACGAGAGUGUCACGUGGACAUUAUUCAAUGAGACCAUCGAAAUUGCCGAAGAACAGCUUCAAGAUUUCCGAACAACUAUAUUCGAAAACGAAGAAAGCGAAGCUGAUUUAUCUAUUGACAUAUCCGACGACUACCGACCUGUUCAGUGCAUGUUUCGGCGCCGUGUCUAUGCAAGUCAUCCAUCUCUGAAGUUCAAUUUGGAGUACGAUAUUAGGGCCGAGGAAGUAAAGGACAAUGCAGGAAGCUACGCACAACCAUUGACAACUUUAGUUCUAUAUUGCAUUGCUUUGUUGAUAUGUUUCUUCUCUGUUAAUUAAUUACUUUAUUUGUAUUACUUUUGCAUUAUUUUUUAGUCUGGAUACAUAUACUAACUAUUCAUAUACAACUCGAGCUCACCAUGUGUUAAGUGUUUUUUUUUAUUAUUUGCAAAAUGUGUCUUUUCAAAAACAUACAUUUUAUGAUAUAAACUUACAUAUUACUUUUA